UUUCGUGCUCCAACUUCCAAGUACUCACUACUGUACUUUCUCUAUUCUUUCUUCUUGCUAUCUCUCUCUCUUUCUCUCUCUGAGGUAGCACAAGCCAAUAACUAUGAAGGCAAAGUUUCUGAGAGAGUACCUUAACAAGUGUAAGAAACUGGUGGUGAGAGGAGCUACCAAUCCUUCUUGUUCUUCCUAUGAAUACUUCUGUGAAUGGUUUUUGUGGCCUUCCAUGCACAAAAGAUGCUCCAUUCCAAGUGAUGUUCCAAAGGGACACUUGGUUGUAUAUGUAGGAGAGAAUCGCAAGAGAUAUGUGAUCAAGGUUACACUCCUCAACCAUCCACUCUUCAAGGCCUUGCUUGAUCAAGCUCAGGAAGAAUACGAUUUCGUCACGGAUUCAAAACUAUGUAUUCCUUGUGAUGACCACUUCUUCCUAAGUGUCCUUCAAUGUGCGAGCUCGCCGAAGAAGGAAACGGUGUUUGCUCGGGUCUGAGAAACCAUCAUGCUGUUUGAUCAAUUGUUACUUCUAACGAGUAUGCUCAUAUGUUAGCCAUGACUGAUAUCUUGUAAGUAUGAUUAUUGAGGCUAAAGUGUCAUGUAGCUGAUAGAUGUAAAUCAAAUUGAGGAACUGAGAUGAUCCUAUUCUAUUUCUCUAUCAUUUUGAUUAUUUCAACUCAGAGUUUGUUAGUUAAGCAAAGAAAAAGCAGUUUUCAAACUUGAGCGCUGUGAACCCAAGAGAUCAAUGCACUAAUAUGAUUAAAUAUGACAUAAUCUAAAAGUGGUUAGCACUCAAGUUUUAAAAUAACUUUUAAUGCAUAAGAAUAUUGAGUUAUUGACCAAUAAAUGCACACAGAUGUAAAUA